AUGAACACUUUACGAAGAAGAGGAAUACCAAAACCAAUCCCACAUAUCUUUGAGGACGUGGAAUUCAAACGAUCUACACGCACCAAACCCCCAAACUGGAAACUUUUUGGGUUGGUUGUCAUCUGCUGGGUAUUGUUGAUACACUACUUUGAACGAACCAUCCCGCAGAAAGCCUUAAUGGCUUGCAAAUGGAACAACUGGGAACCUUGGCAAACCCCCAGCUCUGCUCAUCGAAUUGUCUUGAUAGCAGACCCUCAAAUUGUCGACGACUACUCCUACCCCAAACAAUUCAAAAUAAUAAACUAUUUCACAAAAAAAAUGGCCGAUAAUUACCUCCACAGAAAUUACGAAAUGAUACAUUCACUUCUAGCUCCCGACACAACAAUCUUCUUGGGAGAUUUGUUUGAUGGUGGACGGUACUGGGACGAUAAGCAAUGGAUUGACGAGUACAAGCGGUUCAGUCGUAUAUUCCCCAAGAAAAUCAACCGUCGCGAUAUCCGCUCAAUCCCAGGAAACCACGAUAUAGGUUUCCAAACUAUACACCACAAGGUCCUUAAACGUUUUGCCGAGUACUAUGGCGAGCUCAACGACUACAUAGAGCUAGGCAACCACACUUUCGUAUUGCUAGAUUCCAUAUCAUUAUCACACCCCGACCAUUUGAUUAAAAAAGAGCCCGACGAGUUCCUCAACAACCUCAACAACCACAUAAACACCAACUUCCCCCGCAUAUUGCUUACCCACGUCCCCUUAUACAGAUUCCCCAAUAUCCAGAAAUGCGGUCCCCAAAGAGAGAAAAAUAAACCAUUCCCACUCCAACGAGGCGACCAGUACCAAACGGUUAUCGAGUACGAGAUAUCGCGGAGAAUUCUCAAUACCAUCAAACCAGCCCUUAUUUUUGCUGGCGACGACCACGACUAUUGUGAUAUCACCCAGGAAUACGACGGCGGUAUUGCUCGAGAAAUAACCGUAAAGUCAGCUGCCAUGACCGGCGGAAUCAAACACCCAGCAGUCCAGUUGCUUUCGCUAAACACAAACGAAAACUCCAAGCAUACUUACACAACAGAAAUGUGCUAUAUGCCAAACGCAUACUACGGUCUCUACACCUACCUUGCAUUCUUGCUUCUUACCUCGGUUUUCAUUGAUAGAUCUAUUUGGUGGCUCAACAUUAUUUGGCCCUUGUUUAUAUUAAAUGUGUACUAUAUGACUAUUUGA